CCCCAACUCCUCCUACUCACGCACUAUCCCACUAUUUCAAACAGCUGAUUUACAAGAAAGAAAGGGAUAAUUCGGAAGACAUGUUUAGCAGAUGAUAUAGAGAAGAGCGAUGGAAUAUAUCACAUAGCAGCUGGUUUAAUCUCUCUUGGCACUUUUCCUUUUAAGCAUUGGGUAUGAUAUUGCUAGCUUGUUAGCAACUUAGCUAGCUGGCAACCCCCGGCUAACGUUAUGUAGCUAGCGAUGCAAAACUGACUUUCGUUGUGUAAAAUCAAAAGAGGACUUCCUCGCGCUGCGAACCACGUUGGGAGCUGGUUGGUUUUUGUUUCAUUUUCCAGGAAUCGUUUCGUCUACUGAAAGUGUUUUUGCUCAAAGCAAAUAUAUAGGUCACGAUAGUCUGCUAGCUAAAUACCCGGCUUUCUAUAUGGGCCAUGGAACAGCUGGUUAGCAUUCGGGCUAAUGCUAGCUAGCUAACGUUCUACGAAUCUGAAUUUCAUUGACCGACAUCUCGAGCUGGAAGAACCGGGCGUUUGCUACCCUUAUUUAGCUACCUCUGCAACAGAGUGAAACUGGUUAGCUAUAUAAUAAGCGAGUGUAAUUACUAAGCUAACUAUAUGCAAACACAGUUGUGUGUUCUUUUCGGUUUAGCUAGCUCGUUAGUUAACAUCAACCAGACAAAGGUAGCUAGCUAUGCCCGGGCAACAAACUAAUGUAAGCGCGAGCUGGUAGUCAGGUAAUGUAACAUAGCAUUGUUAGCUAAGGGGAGACCUCUUUCUCAUCGUAAAAUUAGGCCACAUAACAUUAAGUACAAAUGUAUUGACAGUGACCGGCAUUGUUUUCCCCAUCCAGACUUGUAUUGAUUAUAUGAUCUCUGGGCAAUUGGAUAGCGUUUGUGUCUCUAUAACUCAGGAAUUUCUGGACCCGACAGUGUUUUUGAACACAUUGCUAACUAUACUUAUAGUUUUCUGUCGUGACCUACCUCACUAAAGCCAAUACUGGUGAUUCCACGACAAGAGUCUAAUAGCAAGCUAAACAACACUGCUCCUGUUAUUAUAUAGCUAGCAAGAUAGCUGCUAGCCAAUUCAGACAUUGUUUACAUUCUCCGUUGCAUGUUCUACAAGCGAGGAACAUAGUCACAAUCAUGCCUGCAUAGAACAUUGAAGUCAAGCUCUCGGUUCAUGGAUAUGUAAUGCAUGCAACGCUCAAAGCGAAUACAGUAUUAGACAUAGCUCCCAAACGAACUCUUCUGAUAGGGGUUUGAAAUAGAAUGGCAUUCCAUGGUACAGGCCGGCAGCAGACAGUAUGUGGUAACCUGUUCCCCGGAUCUGAGUUAGGCCAUAACAAGUAUUUUUGCGUCAACGCCUCAACUGGAGCCACUUCCACGGGCCUCAUUGCAACACCGAGUCUAACUGGACCCACUGCCCCGGUGGGGACGCCUCGACACCCGACAUCUCUUGGGGGAAGCACCGGUGGCGCAGCCGCUGUACCACAGCCUCAUAGUAAUCCUGCCAGUGAAGUGCCAAGCCCUGCUGAGAUGGAGCCUGAUCGACCUAUCGGUUAUGGCGCAUUUGGUGUGGUCUGGUAAGUUGUGCCAUUUCAAAUAAGAAUUAAGACUGAUUUCCAUGAGUUUUUGCAUGGUGUUUUCCCUUUCCAAAAAGGGUGUGAAUCUGACAAGCGAAUGAGAUAGACAUACUGUGUGUGUGGGUGCAAGUGCCCUCCCAAUUGGUGACCAGUGCUAACAGACCCCUCUCUUCAUCUUGUCCCUUCAGGUCGGUGACAGACCCUCGUGACGGGCGUAAGGUAGCCCUGAAGAAGAUGCCCAAUGUCUUCCAGAACCUGGUCUCCUGUAAGAGGGUCUUCAGAGAACUGAGGAUGCUCUGCUUCUUCAAACAUGACAACGUAAGAAUGGAUAGCAAUACAUCUAUACAUGGCACUGCACAACACACAGAGGAUGCGUCCUAAAUGGCACCCUAUUCCCUAUACUCUGGUAAAAAAUAGUAGACUUACUCUAGGAGUAGGGUGCCAUUUGAGACGUUUUCAUACAGUAUUACAUCCAUAAUAUAGGCAUAACAUAAGACAUAGUAAUGCAUCUUCACUCUGCUCAUUGAUAUGCUUCCAUACAGAGGCUAGCUCUACAAAUAUCACUGUGAAGUUAGAGGUUUGUUAUAGUUUAGACACUUAAGGACAAGAAGCGCCAUAACAAACGUUGGCUGUGAACGGUAGAUCACUUGCUGAGUGUUGACGAAUGGUGGUGAUUCAACAUGUACAAUCGUCAGGAAAUGAACACAAAUGACGGCCAAUAUUCUGAAGUCAGAAGCGAUAGGAUGGCCACUCACUGCUUUUAACCGUUCGCCUGUCUGUUUUGUCCUUUAGAUCUCUAAUCAUUAAAACAAUGAGAAGGGUGGUGAUGAUGAUGUGUGUUUACAGGUGUUGUCAGCGCUGGACAUUCUGCAGCCUCCACAGAUCGACUGCUUCGAGGAAAUGUAUCCUUCACAUGCGCAUUCAUGUGCACACACACACUUGCACACAUGACAGUUGUGUCAGCUAUUGUUCACUCCUGCACUUUCUCUGUCCCAGUUUCAAAGUAGUCUGAAUCUACAUAGUACAAUCUAAAUCAAGAUAAACCUCAACAGAGAUGAUACCAUUAGUGAUAGUCUUGUGUUAUGAUAGAUAGAUACUCCAUCUAUCUUUAUUAAAGUUAAAUGUAUUAUGCUUUCUUCUAUGUGGUCCAUCCACAUCCUAUAGACGUCUGUUGUUUCCUUGACCGCGGGCCAUGCCUGACCGUAGCUACGUGAUCACUGAGCUGAUGCAGAGUGACCUCCACAAAGUAAUUGUGUCUCCCCAGCCCCUCACCACCGACCACAUCAAGGUGUUCCUGUACCAGAUCCUCAGAGGUAAGUGGGACGGAGGGAGGAGUAGGGAAAGGGGCAAAGUUCAAGGUUGAAAAGAAGUUGGAAGUCAAGGUUAAAGGUUGACUCCUGAGCCCAAAAACAACCCAUUUGUGAGUUUGCCCCCUAACCUUUCUGGGUUUGCAGGUUUAAAGGAGCCAGCUUGUUUCAUGUGAUGGAGCCAUAUUGACGGAUUCAUGUUGUCAUUGACUCAAACACUGAAGGGGAAUUGGCUAGGGGCUGUAUUUGGACUGUUAUGAGUAACAGUGAUUCUCCUUCUCUCAGGGCUGAAGUACUUGCAUUCUGCUGGCAUCCUGCACAGGGACAUCAAACCUGGGAACCUGUUAGUCAACAGCAACUGCCUGCUCAAGGUAACUGUCUGUGUACACGUUUGUGUCCGCAUGUGUGAAUCUGUGUGUGAACUUCCUCAAAAGACAUGACAAGAAAGCAUGAUGCUGACAAAGAAAAUAAUAAUUUAGUAGAGGUCAGUAUGGGCUGAAGAAUUUAAUCUAUACACCUUUUGACAAACAUACACGUGUAUUAUGCUAAAAUUACACGUAUCAACCUACGCGGAGUAUACCAAACAUUACAAACUCCUUCCUAAUAUUGAGUUGCAACCCCCACCUUUUGUCCUCAGAACCGCCUCAAUUUGUCGGGGCAUGGACGAAAGCAUUCCACAGGGAUGCUGGACCAUGUUGACUCCAAUGCUUCCCAGUUGUCUAGUUGGCUGGAUGUCCUUUGGGUGGUGGACCAUUCUUGAUACACACAGAAAACUGUUGAGCGUGAAAAAUCCAUCCGGAUUGCAGUUAUUGGCACACUCAAACUGGUGCGCCUGGCAUUUACUACCAUACCCCGUUCAAAGGCACUUAAGUAUUUUGUCUUGCCCAUUAUUCAACCUCUGAAUGGCACACAUACACAAUCCAUGUCUCAAUUGUCUUGAGGCUUAAAAAUCCUCCCCUUCAUCUACACUGAUUGAAGUGGAUUUAACAAGUGACAUCAAAAAGGAUCAUAGGUUUCACCUGGAUUCACCUGGUCACUCUAUGUCAUGGAAAGAGCAGGUGUUCUUAAUGUUUUGUAUACUCAGUGUAUGUUAUUAUCAUGUAACUAAAUUCCCCCACUUCCACUCCCCUCUCUCUCAGAUCUGUGACUUUGGGCUGGCACGUGUGGAGGAGCCGGACCCGUCUCGUCACAUGACCCAGGAGGUGGUGACUCAGUACUACCGGGCUCCUGAGGUGCUGAUGGGCAGCCGCCAUUACGGCUCUGCCAUAGACGUCUGGUCGGUGGGCUGCAUCUUCGCUGAACUACUGGGUCGACGCAUCCUGUUCCAGGCCCAGAGCCCCAUACAACAGGUAGACGGGCGGGAGGCACAGAACCAUAUUCAACAGGUUGGGAGGGAGGAAGGAAGAAGCAGGGAAAGCCAUCUAAAGGUGUAAUCUGUCUGGGCAAUAAUGUAAUUUUAUCUAACAAUUAAUAAUCAAAUAAUUUAUUGAACUUAACUGAUCCUAGAUCUGUGCUCCAUACACUUUUGGCACUUGUGGAUGGUCGGUUUUUAUUUAUUUAGGUUUGUUGUAAAAUUAAAUAUCCUCUCUCUUCCACCCUCACUCCAUCUCCUCACUCUAUAUUCUCCCUCAGUUGGAUCUGAUCACUGAUCUGCUGGGUACCCCUCCUCUCUCUGCCAUGGCAUCUGCCUGUGAGGGGGCCAGAGCUCACAUCCUGAGAGGACCUCACAAACCGGUACUUCCUCCUCACUGAACCUCUGAACUACCCACUAACUGAUCUGACCUUCCUUUGUAUUACUAUGAGACAGAUGUGGUCAAAUAUUGACACCCUUGCACUUUACAAUGGAGUGCAAUAGAGCAGAAUGUUCUGUUUUCUCUUUUCAAAACUGGUUGAAUGGCUAUUUUUACCCUGUAGGCACCUUCAACUUACCACAGGUGAGAUAUAAAAUGAGACAAACGAAAAACACCUUACUUCCAUCUAGGGUUGUUACGGUGACCGUGUUACCACCACACCGGCGGUCACGAGUCAUGACCGCAAUCAAAUUCCAUGUGACCGUUUAGUCGCGGUAACUAGGCUUCUCCAAAACUGUGCUCUGAUGCCGCUGAUGGUUAAACUUGCUGCCAAACUUGCUAACUGCCAGUCACUAAUGGCCUGGUACUUAUUGUCCCUCUAAUCACUCAAUGCAAAUGCAAUUGAAAAUCAAAUCGAGCACUUCAUGAGAACCCGUGACAUUUUUAUAGGCUAUGCAAUUGCGUGAGAGUUUUUGAAGGCCUCUGUUAAAACGAGGAGGGAGGAUCCCAUCAGAUUUCUGUAGUCUAGGCCUACUAUUUAUUUCUCAACUUUCCUAAUAUUAAGCCCAUUGCAUCACUUUACAAAAGGAGUAGCCUACCUGGCUGGUAUGAAAAUGAACCGCAGGAAAAGUGUCCUCCAUUCGUUAUUUGUGCAUAAGAUGACAUAUUAUUAAUUUUUUCUGCCCCUGUUCUGACAGGUACAUGAUCAUCAUAGUCACAAACCAUGUAGCCUAGUCCAUAGGGCUAUAUGUUUAAUAAGGUUUGUAUCACAACUAAAGUGGCCAAAUAACUCCAAACGCAGCCUAUAGCCUAGGCAUAGGACCCCUGGAACAGGGUUGGAGAGCACAUAGCCUAGUGAAACGUGUUCUUAUAAGCCCAGUCAUUGCGCAGUCGCGUGUGUAAACAGUUUUGACUGGCCACUAUUUAAAAGAGGAUCCCAGCUUUCUUGUGCUGCUAUAUUUCUUGCUCACUUGUUAAAGUUAAGCACGUUAAUCCACUUUACAACCAGUGUAGCCUACCAGGCAUACAUAGACGGUGUGUGAGUUUCAACUUUGGGGAGAUACUUUUCACCAUAAAUAUGCACCUUUAUGAAUAUAUACUUUUUUCCCCCUCACUGUAUUUGAUCCCCUGCUGAUUUUGUACGUUUGCCCACUGACAAAGACAUGAUCAGUCUAUAAUUUUAAUGGUAGGUUUAUUUGAACAGUGAGAGACAGAAUAACAACCAAAAAAUCCAGAAAAACACAUGUCAAAAAUGUUAUAAAUUGAUUUGCAUUUUAAUGAGGGAAAUAAGUAUUUGACCCCCUCUCAAUCAGAAAGAUUACUGGCUCCCAGGUGUCUUUUAUACAGGUAAUGAGCUGAGAUUAGGAGCACACUCUUAAAGGGAGGCUCCUAAUCUCAGUUUGUUACCUGUAUAAAAGACACCUGUCCACAGACGCAAUCAAUCAAUCAGAUUCCAAACUCUCCACCAUGGCCAAGACCAAAGAGCUCUCCAAGGAUGUCAGGUACAUUAUUGUAGACCUACACAAGGCUGGAAUGGGCUACAAGACCAUCGCCAAGCAGCUUGGUGAGAAGGUGACAACAGUUGGUGCGAUUAUUCGCAAAUGGAAGAAACACAAAAGAACUGUCAAUCUCCCUCGGCCUGGGGCUCCAUGCAAGAUCUCACCUUGUGGAGUUGCAAUGAUCAUGAUAACGGUGAGGAAUCAGCCCAGAACUACACGGGAGGAUCUUGUCAAUGAUCUCAAGGCAGCUGGGACCAUAGUCACCAAGAAAACAAUUGGUAACACACUACGCCGUGAAGGACUGAAAUCCUGCAGCGCCCGCAAGGUCCCCCUGCUCAAGAAAGCACAUAUAAAGGCCCGUCUGAAGUUUGCCAAUGAACAUCUGAAUGAUUCAGAGGAGAACUGGGUGAAAGUGUUGUGGUCAGAUGAGACUAAAAUUUGGCCUCAACUCGCCGUGUUUGGAGGAGGAGGAAUGCUGCCUAUGACCCCAAGAACACCAUCCCCACCGUCAAACAUGGAAGUGGAAACAUUAUGCUUUUGGGGUGUUUUUCUGCUAAGGGGACAGGACAACUUCACCGCAUCAAAGGGACGAUGGAUGGGGCCAUGUACCGUCAAAUCUUGGGUGAGAACCUCCUUCCCUCAGCCAGGGCAUUGAACAUGGGUCGUGGAUGGGUAUUCCAGCAUGACAAUGACCCAAAACACACGGCCAAGGCAACAAAGGAGUGGCUCAAGAAGAAGCACAUUAAGGUCCUGGAGUGGCCUAGCCAGUCUCCAGACCUGAAUCCCAUAGAAAAUCUGUGGAGGGAGCUGAAGGUUCGAGUUGCCAAACGUCAGGCUCGAAACCUUAAUGACUUGGAGAAGAUCUGCAAAGAGGAGUGGGACAAAAUCCCUCCUGAGAUGUGUGCAAACCUGGUGGCCAACUACAAGAAACGUCUGACAUCGGUGGAAAAACCCUUGUUGGCAAUCACAAAGUACUAAGUCAUGUUUUGCAGAGGGGUCAAAUACUUAUUUCCCUCAUUAAAAUGUAAAUCAAUUUAUAACAUUUUUAACAUGCAUUUUUCUGGAUUUUUUUGUUGUUAUUCUGUCUCUCACUGUUCAAAUAAACCUACCAUUUAAAAUUAUAGACUGAUCAUGUCUUUGUCAGUGGGCAAACGUACAAAAUCAGCAGGGGAUCAAAUACUUUUUUCCCUCACUGUAUUUUUUUCUAUUUAUUAAUUUUUGUCAUUUAGCAGACGCUCUUAUCCAGAGCGACUUACAGGAGCAAUUAGGGUUAAGUGCCUUGCUCAAGGGCACAUCGACAGAUUUUUCACCUUGUCGGCACGGGGAUUAGAACAAGCGACCUUUCGGUUACUGGCACAACGCUCUUAACCACUAAGCUACCUGCCGCUUCAUCGCAUUUGCAGGCUUGUGUAAGAUUGCCUACUAUUUGUAAUGUGAUGAGUAGAUUGAAGUGUCAUAAUUUAGGCUAAUAAUAUAACUCAAUCACUGUUCGCAAAAAAGACCGUUCAAUGCAUGGCUGAGCACGUAUAACCUAGAGUAGGUACAGUUGAAGUCAGAAGUUUACAUACACCUUAGCCAAAUACAUUUAAACUGUUUUUCACUAUUCCUGACAUUUAAUCCUAGUAAAAAUUCCCUGUCUUAUGUCAGUUAGGACCAUCCACUUUAUUUUAAGAAUGUGAGAUGUCAGAAUAAUAGUAGAGUGAUUUAUUUCAGCUUUUAUUUCUUUCAUCACAUCCCCAGUGGGUCAGAAGUUUACAUACACUCAAUUAGUAUUUGGUAGCAUUGCCUUUAAAUUGUUUAACUUGGUUCAAACGUUUCGGGUAGCCUUCCACAAGCUUCCCACAAUAAGUUGGGUGAAUUUUGGCCCAUUCCUCCUGACAGAGCUGGUGUAACGGAGUCAGGUUUGUAGGCCUCCUUGCUCGCACACGCUUUUUCAGUUCUGCCCACACAUUUUCUAUAGGAUUGAGGUCAGGGCUUUGUGAUGGCCACUCCAAUACCUUGACUUUGUUGUCCUUAAGCCAUUUUGCCACAACUUUGGAAGAAUGCUUGGGGUUAUUGUCCAUUUGGAAGACCCAUUUGCGACCAAGCUUUAACUUCCUGACUGAUGUCUUGAGAUGUUGCUUCAAUAUAUCCACAUAAUUUUCCUUCCUCAUGAUGCCAUCUAUUUUGUGAAGUGCACCAGUCCCCCCUGCAGCAAAGCACCCCCACAGCAUGAUGCUGCCACCCCGUGCUUUACGGUUGGGAUGGUGUUCUUCGGCUUGCAAGGCACCCCCUUUUUCCUCCAAACAUAACGAUGGUCAUUACGGCCAAACAGUUCUAUUUUUGUUUCAUCAGACCAGAGGACAUUUCUCCAAAAAGUAAGAUCUUUGUCCCCAUGUGCAGUUGCAAACCGUAGUCUGGCUUUUUUAUGGUGGUUUUGGAGCAGUGGCUUCUUCCUUGCUGAGUGGCCUUUCAGGUUAUGUCGAUAUAGGACUCGUUUUACUGUGGAUAUAGAUACUUUUGUACCUGUUUCCUCCAGCAUUUUCACAAGGUCCUUUGCUGCUGUUCUGGGAUUGAUUUGCACUUUUCGCACCAGAGUACGUUCAUCUCUAGGAGACAGAAUGCGUCUCCUUGAGCGGUAUGACGGCUGCGUGGUCCCAUGGUGUUUAUACUUGCGUACUAUUGUUUGUACAGAUGAACAUGGUACUUUCAGGCGUUUGUAAAUUGCUCCCAAGGAUGAACCAGACUUGUGGAGGUCUACAAUUAUUUGUCUGAGGUCUUGGCUGAUUUCUUUAGAUUUUCCCAUGAUGUCAAGCAAAGAGGCACUGAGUUUGAAGGUAGGCCUUGAAAUACAUCCACAGGUACACCUCCAAUUGACUCAAAUGAUGUCAAUUAGCCUAUCAGAAGCUUCUAAAGCCAUGACAUCAUUUUCUGGAAUUUUCCAAGCUGUUUACAGGCACAGUCAGCUUAGUGUAUGUAAACUUCUGACACACUGGAAUUGUGAUACAGUGAAAUAAUCUGUCUGUAAACAAUUGUUGGAAAAAUUACUUGUCAUGCACAAAGUAGAUGUCCUAACCGACUUGCCAAAACUAUAGUGUGUUAAAAAUAAAUUUGUGGAGUGGUUGAAAAACGAGUUUUAAUGACUCCAACCUAAGUGUAUGUAAACUUCCGACUUCAACUGUAAGGACAACUCAGAAUAUGCUAUUCUGUUCUUCUGAAAUAGGCUACAUUUUCUUCAUAUCAUGUUUCUUUAGACCUGUCUAAAAUAAAUAAUGGAUUUAUUGUGAUGGUGUAAGCUAAUUAAAUUAAUUUCUUAUGCUUUUUUGUACUUGGAUAGUAGGCUAUGCGUGGAAGCCAGGAGUUGCCAAAUGUGAUUGUUUGUGUUUAUGUUAAUAAUAAAAAAGAUUUAAAAAAAUAAAAUAAAAAAAACGUGAACACCCCCACAUUUUUUUAAUUAUCUAAUCUAGACCCCACCCACCAUCCUUAUCUAAAACCAGGUGCAGCAGUUCAUGAUGUAAAAUCUCUGUCUCCCCCCCCCCCCCCCGCCCCUUCUCUCUCAGCCGUCGCUCUCUGUGUUAUACAUGCUGUCGGACGGGGCGACCCACGAGGCCGUGCACCUGUUGUGUCGUAUGCUGGUGUUUGAUCCGGUGAGUACAGACAGAAGUCUAUAGGGAAUUGUCACUCUAACGGCUUUCUCUUGUAUAGGGAAGUUGUAGUUUAAAGCAACAAGAGCUGAAAAUGUAGCUACCUACCGCUGAGAAGGAAAAUGCAUAGCUAGCUACAGUAAGGGAGAAAAAAACAAGAUUAGAGAGGGACCAACUUUUUCUCCGUGUGUGUGACUACCUCAGGCCAAACGGAUCUCGGGCAGUGACGCCCUUUCCCACCCCUACCUGGACGAGGGCCGUCUGCGCUACCACACGUGCAUGUGCCAGUGCUGCUACUCGGUGCCCAGCGGGCGUGUGUACACGCGGGACUUUGAACCGCCCGCCGACCGGAACUUCAGCCACAGCUACGAUAACAGCCUGCUCUCUGUCUGGCAGGGCAAAGGUAGGAGCUAUCUGGUGCUCUUCCCUCAACUCCUCUUUCUCUUCAAUUCUCUUCUCUUUUCCAACCCAGCUUGCUAUUGAAAUUGAUGGCCUGUUGCGAUCUCGCUCUCGCAAUCUCCUCUCUCUCGCUUUCUCAGAGCUCAUCCAUCGCUUCAUAACAGAGCACCAGCAGGGGAAGCGAGUGCCGCUGUGCAUCAACCCCCAGAGUGCCGCCUUCAAGACCUUCAUCAGGUGAGGAACACCAAGGGAGGGAGGGAAGAACACAACUAACAUACAUGCAGCUUAAAAUACUAUUUUGCCAUGUACUAUCUACAUCUCUCUUUCUUUGUCUCUCUUUCUCGAUCUUUCAGGUCUACUGCAUGGCAUUCCUCCAAAGUCUCCAGGAAGGAGGAGAGAUGA